GGAACAUGAGGACAAUUGUGAGGUUGUAAAGAUAAAACAGAGAGAGGGACAAACGUCACUCCCAUCAUCACCUCCUGUUUCUCAGUACGUUCACAGUGACUCUGUUGGAGCUAAAGGAGGGAUGAAAGACCCCCUCCUCUCACUCACGCUCUCCCUCUCUCUCUCUCAUUUCCUCUCAUCGAAGCUGUCAUGCCCCUAUAUAAACUGACACAGACACUCUCUUUGGUCAUCAUUUGGUGGCUUUUCUACAACAGGUGCAACACUGAGCCAAGGUCAGCUGGACGUUCUGUGCCAGUUGUAAAAUUAAGAUGAGUUAGUUUGUUGUGUAAAGUCUAUAAGAAUUUAAACAGUCCGUCCAGUUGUGUGCUGCUGAAAAUCCAAGGCACCUGGAUUGAACAAAGAGCAGAAUUCUGAAAAUUUGAAGUCUUAAGAGAUCGGUUACCUGCAGCCAAAAUGAAGAACCAAUCACCUUUCUUGAGACGAGCCUUGCUGCUCCUGGUGCUGGUGGUGUAUGGUACAGACGCAAAGAUAAAAAUAAUUAUCGCUAAGCAGGAUGUGUUGGUGGGAGAAGAAUUUUUACUGCUUUGUAAAGCUGAAGAAGAGGGCGAUAUAACAUGGCAGAAGGACGGGGAAGAUUUUGGAGACAUUGUGCACAUCAAGAAGGCGACAUUCGAGGAUGCUGGCAAGUACACCUGUUUGUGUGACUUCGGCUCUGGACACAAUGACAGUGUGCAAACACAGGUGUAUGUUCAUGAGGGUCCAUCAUUUGGUGAAACCAAAACAUACCACAAGUUUCUUGAAGGCAAAGAUGGGGUGGUGCCGUGUCAUGUGACCGGCCGGCCAGCGGUGGAAGUUCAGUGGCUAAGGAAUAAUCAAAAAAUCCCCACUAAAGUUGGAGCUCGCGUGAGUCACACAAGUGAUAACACGCUCCGUAUUGAGGGUGUGAAAAGGGAGGAUGCUGGGACGUAUGUGUGUCACGCCCAGAUCAAAGGAAGGCCUGUCUAUCAGUCGCUCGCUAUCUCUGUUGUUGUCAAUGUACCUCCUAAAGUACUUCUAACAGAAAAGGUGAAAAAAGUGAUGGCUGGAUCAGAGACCAAUGUUUCUCUGGUUUGUUUGGUGGAAGGUCAGCCCAAACCAAAUAUCACAUGGAUCAUGCCGAGAACAUUUGACCCUUCACGCCACCUUUUCAACUCAGACCGCAGUCAGCUGACUAUAUUGUCCGUUGCUAGAGCCGACUAUGGAGAAUACGUCUGCUCCGCCACCAACGAGAUAUCUGAGGACAGUGCGACCAUCAUGCUUGAUGUGUUUGAGGCUCCAGAGGUGUUUGUGUCAGCAGAGCAGCAGAGUGUGUUAGUGGGAGAGAGAGUGUCCGUGUCCUGUAAUGUGUCCGGCAAUCCCCAGCCUGAGCUGCACUGGCUCAACAAGCACAAUGGACAAACACUGGACUCUGCAUCUGGCCACAUUCAUGUGGUGAAUGGUGUGUUGGUGAUAGAUGAGAUACUGCCCUCUGAUGGCGGACUAUAUUCUUGCAUGGCUGUCAGCACAACUGGAAAUGCAUCAAGAGAUGUCGCAAUACAUACUCAGCCCGGCCCUCUGUACCUGUCAGUCUCACCUGGACUGACCUCAGUCCUCUUCUCCCUCAAAACAAUGCCCAUCAGUGGAGGAACUCCAGUCACAAGCUUUAUCCUGCAGUGGAGGCAAAGUGCAACACAGCAGUGGAAGGAGGUGACAGUACCCGCUUCAGAUUCCCUGGCUAUCACCGCCCUGAAGCCCUACACUUUGUACACAGUGCGGUUUGCAGCCAUGAACGCUGUAGGACUGGGAUGGUUCUCGGAGACAAAAAGCGUUCGCACACUGGGAAUACGAGGUGAACCAGACAGUCCAGUCUUGUCCAAUGCCAUUAAAAUAGAGAGCAAUUCUUUGACUGUCCCUCUCAAGCAGAUUGAUGAUGGUGGAAUGCCUCUGCUGCACUUCAGCAUACGAUACAGACAGGAUAAAGAAGGGGCUGAGUGGAAGGAGAUGAAACUGUCACCUGAAGCCAACACUGUCUCCCUUGAAGACCUGUCCUUCGGGUCAGACUAUCAAAUGGAAGUCAUGGCCGUCAAUGCCAAUGGUUCCUCUAUCCCUGCCAAGAUGAACUUCACCAUCGCAGAAAAGCCUCAGAGCAGCAGCAUGACCAAAGGUAGCGUGGUCGGCAUCGUCAUGGUUAUCUUUCUGGUGGUGUUCCUGAUGGUAGACGCCACCUGCUGCUACAGAAAUCGCUGCGGCCUCCUCAUGUCCAUAGCCGUAAAACUGUUUGGACAGAAGGUUCCGGGCCUCAAAAGGCUUGAGGAUGGAACAUCUAAUGGAGACGUGAAUCUGAAAGGCAUCUCCACUCUCCGAGACAGUAUGCAACAGCUGGGGGUCCAGACAUUCACCAAGGAGGGGGGGCAGCUCACAGAGGUCACCUGCGACAAAGCCCCCCUCACCAAAAAUUAGAAAAUACAAUCAGACAGAAGCCACCCUACUGUUGAAGCAUGAGGCGAAGAAGAGGUAAAACACCAGCAUAAAUCAUGUGAAAAUGUACUGCUAUAAAUUCACAUUCACGCGGUCACACCCACUGGCUCAGAAGACUCAAGCAAUUCCUAUGUCGGAUACAACUGCCAUGGAAACGGCCAAAUGUCUGCAACAGAGUGAAAACUGACUGACUUUGUCCUGUCUGGUGUUGAUUAGUACAGGUUUAACUAAGGAGUGAAAGGAAAAAAAGAAAUCUCCUUUACAGGGUAAUCUUGGUGUCUGUGUUUUACAGGGUAACAUUGUUGUGACUGUUUUGUUGUCAUUGCUACAUAUUUUAAACCUGCUUGUUGAAUUUUAGACACAGAAACAAGGUUUUGUCUUAUUUCGCAUUUCUUUAACCAUAAGAGUGUUUCAAAAUCAUUUCAUUGACAUGGUGUUAUUUUAACUUUCAUUCCAUUUGGCUGCUAUGUUUAGUAAAACUAUACAUACUAGAUUAGAUAACAAUGCAUCCUGAUAUUGACCAGUAUUAUCAAACAAUUACAGGGCCUUUCAGCUUAAACUAAGACUAACCAUAAUGACAUUUUUUAUGCACUGGUAUUUAUUUUUGUUAUUGCAUAAAUAUUCAUCAUGAGAGGCUUUAAAAUUAGAGCCGUAUUCGUAGCCAGUUUUACUAUUCUGCACUUUUUUUUCUGAUUUUCUUUUUAAAUGAUUGCAACUAACACUGCAAAAAUAAACUUUUAUUAUGAGGAGAACCCUUUUUAAAGUACCUGUAAUAAUAGACAGUUGUAUGUCAAAAUAAGUUAAUCUAUUCUGUUGAAAAAGGUCUGUGUGAAAAAGUGAAAUUUAGGUAUUUUAACUCAGUUGCAGCUCAUGUUUUUUUUGUUUUUUUGCAUUUUUUAUAUCACAAGUUCUUUUUUUACUUCCUUGUUACAUGUGUAUUCCACUGAUCACUGUAAAUGACUGUACAUACAGUACACUUGUCAAGUCUUUGUGUUCGAACAAAAAAACCUGUCUGCAAAGCAA